CGUGCCAGGUUGCAUGGUACAUACUGUGUAGCCAGUGUUCUUCUGUGCUUUCGCUUAUUUUCCAGCUGCCCAUGUGAGUAACCUGGUGUUCAAAGAGCUUUCGGAGCGGAGGUGUGUGUCUCAUCCUCAGUAAGCUCUGUGGCGGGCGUUAACCCGGCCUGAGUGUGUGAUAAGCGGGACUCCUCGCGGAAGACUUGUGAGCCAACUGCUAGCUACUUUUAGCUAUUUAAGCCAAGCUGGUUAAAGUAACAUUAGCUUUUAACCUUACCAACCACGGUUAGUAAGACAAUUAGUUAAAUAGUUAGACCGUUGCUGUUCAGUUAGUUGACUGAGGAAACACUAUACUCAGAAACUAGUCCUACACCCGGGUCACCUACCAGCCAGGAGAGAGCCUGGUGCAACUGGUGACCGUCCUUGUCGGCGGGGUGUGUGUCUGCUGUACUAACUGACUCUGUGAGUGGACAGUGACUACAUGAGGCAGAGGACUGACAUGACUUCGCAGGUGUAGCUGGACUUUCAGUUGAGUUCAUGGUCGUGUGUUCACUGGUAAGAAUGAGUCGCCGCUCCGUGGUGAACCUGGUGUGGCUCGGGAGCAGAGCUGUCACCCUGCUGCAUGGACGCUUACCUCGGCCCCUCCACACCUCCUCCCAACCGAGAGCCGGAUUCAAACCGGAAAAGGUCGCAGUGGUUACAAAGACUACGAGAUAUGAGUUCGAGCAGCAGAGAUAUCGCUAUGCAGGGCUGUCAGAGGAGGACUUAAAACAGCUGCUCGCCAUGAAGGGCUCCAGCUACAGCGGCCUGCUGGAGAGACACAACAUCCACACCAACAAUGUGGAACAUGUGGUGAAGUGCCUGCGGAGAGAAGGCAUAGAUGUACGAGUGGUCAAGAGAGGAGAGUAUGAUGAAGAGGUGGUGCGAUGGGCGGAUGCCAUUAUCUCUGCUGGAGGUGAUGGGACAAUGCUACUUGUUGCCAGUAAGGUUUUAAGCAAGGACAAACCAGUUAUUGGAGUAAACACUGACCCUGAGAGGUCAGAAGGUCAUCUGUGUCUGCCUGUUCGCUACACUCGAGCCUUCCCAGAGGCACUGGAGAAACUCUGCCGUGGUGAGUUCAGGUGGCUUUGGCGUCAGAGGAUCCGUCUGCAUUUGGAGGGCACGGGGAUCAAUCCCACUCCGGUGGACCUGCACGAGCAGCAGCUGAGCCUGGAGCAGCACAGCCAGGCCCACCGCAUCACCACCAUGGACAUCCAGCGGAGGACCGGGACUCUACACGAUAGCUUCUCCAAGACCAGUCUGCUCCCCAUCAGGAGUCUGAACGAGAUCUUCAUUGGAGAGUCUCUGUCCUCCAGGGGGAAGUUAAACUCCUUCAAACACCAUGUUAACCUCUUGCUCCAUAGGGCCUCCUACUAUGAGAUCUCUGUGGACGACGGCCCUUGGGAAAAGCAGAAGAGUUCAGGACUCAGCAUCUGUACAGGAACCGGAUCCAAAGCCUGGUCGUACAACAUCAACAAACUGUCUGAGCAGUCUGUGGAGGAGGUUUUAAAAAUCGGGAAAUCUCUGACAGGUCUUGAAAUCCCACUUCAUCCAGACUUUAUUGAAAAGGUUACUGAUGGAUACAACGAGUCUCUGGUGUUCGGGCCGGACGACCGACGCUUGUUCUACAGUAUUAGGGAGCCCAUCGUCAACAGAGUGUUCUCCAGCAGCCGCCAGAGAGGCUUCGCCAGCAAGGUGUGUGUCCGCUCUCGGUGUUGGGACGCCUGCAUGGUGGUCGACGGUGGGACAUCGUUUGAGUUCAACGACGGCGCCAUCGCUACGAUCAGCAUGAGCGAGGAGGACCAGCUCCGGACGGUGGUUCUGGAGGACUGAGACGAGUCUGGAGCACCUGACUGGUUUCUCUCCGCCAACAGAGUUCAAAGGGACAAGGUCAAAGGGAAGAACCAGGUUUUAGCUUCUAGCCUCUACAGGUGUUGAAUAUUUUUAUACCUGAUAAAGGUAUCAACGUUAUUAUCGUUCUAUUACGUGUUUUAAUUUUUCCAGAUCAGAUACUCUCACAGGCUGUAGCCCCCCGGGUUAUGAAGACUGUGAUCCACUUUAUAGACAUGAACUGAUCCAGAUCAGCAGUCUGAGAGCUGAGAAGGGUCAGGGAGAAACUGAGCGACUGUUCAAUGUGUCUCUCUGUCGCAGUGGACUCAGGUCAGAGCAGUGACUUCAGUCAUUCAUGAUGAUGAUGAAGAUGAUGAUGAUGAUCAGACUGAACAGGACAGAGGGUUGUGAUUUACCUUCACACCUGUGUAACCUCUGAUUAUUGCCCUUUAAAGGAUAAAACAGACGUUAUAUUGUAUUUAAAUUUUUUAAUUGUCAGCAAAUCUCUCUCAGUCCUGACUUCUCUGCUGUCUGUGGCCCUGUCUCAGCCAGGGAUGAACUGAGUAGAUUUUAGUGACUGUGAGUGUGAAUGGUUGUCUGUCUCUAUGUGUUUGCCCUGCGAUGGACUGGCGACCUGUCCAGGGUGUACCCCGCCUCUCGCCCGAGAAGAUGCUGGGAUAGGCUCCAGCCCCCCCGCGACCCUACUAGAGGAUAAGCGGUAGAAAAUGAAUGAAUGAAUGUUCUGCAAAGACACUUCUGGUCACAGUCUCUCCUUCCUGAGUUACAAUGUUGAAUAAUGACCAGGUUUCCCGUGAUCUGACUGCAGGAGAUGGACAUUUGUUGGGGACUAUUUUCAGCAUUUGUUGCUAUAGUGAGUGUGUGUGGCAGCAGGAUUGUGUGUGUGUGUGUGUGUGUGUGUAUGUGUGAGUGACUGAGUCAGAAUAAACUACAGUGUAUGUGUUCAUGGUGUAAAGAAAUGUAUGUAGCUCACAUACAUCCCGCUGUAGAUACACAAUAAUCAGUUGUGAUCAGGAAAGCCAGUGCUGAUUUUGAUGUAUUGACAAUAAUAGAUAUAGAGAAGAUCAUCAUCAUCAUCAUCAUCAUCAUUUUAAAACAGUCAAAUUUAGAGAACACUUUAUGAAAGUAUUUCGAGUGUAUCUCCAGCUGAAGCACAGAGGCUGUUUGUUCUGUUGUUUACUGAUAAAGAUAUUUUUGGAUCAUAGGUUAUAUUUUUAUAACUGGUUGAGACAUGUGGGAGGGAAGAAUGAAGUGCACUACAGACUGAAUUUUACUCCAUGUUUUAGGUCAAAACUCUGUAACUGACAGAAUGAAUUUUACUGAAACAGCCUCAUGUGCCUGGAGGAGAUGUGUCUGAUCUCCACAGCACAGACAACAUGAUGCAAACAUGUUUUUACCCAGUGAAGACUCUCAUCACUAAAGGCUUUAAGAAAGGACACGGAGGAGGAACACACAGGUGUGUUAAUAAACUCCCGCCUCAGCAGUAUCACAUUGUUGGUGCAGCAAGGACGAGUUGACAAACUGAUGAUGAAGGUGUAGUUUCCAGCGUGCCAAAGGCCUCGGGUCCUCGUGGACAUGAUGUGUCACUGUGUUUCUGUUUUGAUCAGAUAAAGUGAUGUGGAAAAGAAA